CACCCUUAAGCGAUGCACUAAAGACCAACAAAGAUGACCCUGGUAUUACAGUCUAUUGGCCUACCCCGCCCGGCAGACUGGAAGCCGUGCAGGUCUGCAGGGCUACUCUACUUCUGCAGGGCUACUCUGCUGCAUGUCUGUCCCAUUAGGGCUGGACGAUGAUGACACGUCUGACAGUCUGGCAGUUGACAGUCACGCGUAUCCAGCAUGGCUGUCAGUUUGAUUAUCAGUCGAUUAUCUGCAGUCUCCGUAUCUCCACGGAAGUUAAUUAUCACUCGUAUCUCCGUUGAUCGGCCCAGUGGAAGACAGCGAGACGCCACUAGCCGUCUCCGCCACCAGCCCCGCAGAACCAGCAGCUCAACAGAAUGUCUCUCCAAGGUGGCCAUCCAGCUCCCAGUUUAUUCAGAUAAUCAUCUCCAUCGCCUGGCAUGUCGGAACUCGUCUGGGAUCUGGGCCGUCGGAAAUCAAAGCCCCUCAAGUCGAUAUCUUACACUGGCUGCUGGACAUGUCGCAAACGCCGCAUCAAAUGCGAUGAAAGACCUGGAGCUUGUAGAACCUGCGAGCAGGCAAAGCUGACCUGCGCGGGCUACGAUGUGCGUCUGAUUUGGAACGCUGGGCCGAAUACCAGCAGGCGGCGCAUUCGGUCUGGUUAUAAAGUUGCUUGCGCACCGAUGACAGACGAUGAGGUCGCUCGUGCCUUGACGACUGUCGAGAAAUCUGCUAUUAAACCGGCGGCGGCGACGACGACUGCUGGGCCCUUUUCGGUGUUUUCGUCCCAGCCUCCUGAAGAGGAGGCGACAGAGAAUGAUAGUCCAGUGGAUUCUACAUCUAUUGCGUCGCCCUUGAUUCCGGAUUCAAUAGACUCGGGGAUGCAGAUUAAUGAUUGUCUGGAUGAAGAUACGAUAGAGAUAUCUCGAGCGCCAGAAUCUCCAGCGACACAACUACACGACACUCGUGUUGAAAGCACCAGGACUGAUCUCGAUACAAGCUCACCCCAUCCAUCCUCGUCUGAUUCCAACGAUACUGCCUCCAUUGUAGAUGAUGUCGCUGUCUCGCCCAGUACGCGCUGGCUGGGCCACAAUCCACCAGAAGACGUCGAGUUAAUACUACCUGAGCAUAACCUAGCCUCGAGCAUAAUCGAAGAUACAACAGCUUCAAUGUUGAUGCACCACUACAUGCAGCACGUCGUCCAUCUGAUGCAGCCGGUGUCUCACUCAAGAAACCCCUGGAGGACUGUAUAUCUCCCACUUGCUCUACAAGGUUCGUCCCAGCUCGACGUCCCACGGCGCUUCCACUCGGCCAGUGUUGCAGUAUUCCACAGCGUCCUGUCUAUAGCAGCAGUCAACUUGCAGAGCAUGCGAAGCGAGCAAGAAGGUCUCCAGCAGCUCGCCUGCCAUCACAAACAGCGAGCCCUCGUCGCGCUGCAGAGCGCACUAUCCACCAAAUCAACUCCAUACAAAGACAUCAUGACCGCCAUCUUAUCCCUCGUAUCAGCAGAUAUAAUGGACGGCGGCAUGUCCGACCACUGGAUCCACCUCGAAGCCGGCAUAAAACUACAAGCAUCACGACACUACUCGAUGCUGGUAAGCCGCGAAACCUGCCUCCUCAACAACAUCUGCAAGAUGCUCCAUCUCUUCGGCCAAACAACCCUCCCCAUCCUCACCCCCAAGCCCUGGCCCGGCUACGACCACGUCCCGCGCGGCGCAGACUUCUACUCCCUCGAACCGAGCAUCGAGUUCCUCUACGGCAUCACAACGUCCAUCGCAGGGGCCAUCUUCACAAUAUACCGCCUCUCCCAGUACGUCGCUUACUAUCGCGACCAGAGUCCGCGGCCUGAGCAGGAGUUCCCAGCGACAUUGUUGGAAGCAUGUGAAGCGCUCGCCGAUGCCCUGGGCUCGUAUACGAUAACGACAGAGACAUUCUCUUCGAUCUCACCCACCGAGGCGGAAGGACAUAUGGUUGACAUUGCACGCGCCCAGGCAAAGGCUUUCCAUAAUGCAGCACUGAUAUACUACUACCGCUCUAUUCAGCAGUGUAGCCGGGACUGUCUGUAUCAGGAGCAGCGGGCUGUUCUGGAUGCAAUGAAUGAGGCGGAGGAGCUGAAAGUGAAAUCCCCUACAGCUGGAUCUGGCGAGCAGAGCUCGUUCCCGGCGCCGAUUACAUGGCCGGCGUUCGUGGCGUCUUGCGAGGCAGUGGGGGAGGAGAGACAGGCGUGGGAUGGGUGGUGGAGGAGAGUGCAGGGGUAUGGGAUGCGGAAUUACGGCCAGCAGUAUGAGACGGUGUGUAGGAUCUGGGAGAGGAUGGAUGAGAACGAGAGUGGCGAUUGGAGAGAGAUAUUGGCGGGUCUGGGGGUGCGGAUCCUCCCUGUUUGACUGACGUAUACCAUAAUUAGAGUAUCAUUAUCUAAUUAUCAUCUGUUCUCUUAUCAUGAUAACUGAAAUAGAGUUAGAGAAUACGAAUCAAAGUGGAAGGACCCAGCGAGCCGAAAGCGGAAGUGGAGUCGUUCCAUGGAAGAGAUAACUCUAUUAACUAAUAACUCAUUAACUACUAUUAUGCUACAGCUUGGAAACCGUCAGAGUGCCUGUUUUUGCAAUCAGGUACUCCUC